GAGAGGAGGAGGAGGGCAGCGGACGGAGGCGUCGGCUUUAAAUCUUCCCAGCCAGGCGGCUGCAAGCAGGCAGCGCAUGUGGACUCAAGCAAGCAAGCAAGCGAGAUCUCGGCUGACUCCCGAACAAUGACUAUCAGCAUCCCUGUGGGACUCCCUCGCCGUCCCUCCGCCGCUCUGAUGCCCCUCUCCGUCUGAUGCUUCCCGGCCAAGCAGCAGCAGAAGAGUCGCCGCCGCCGCCGCCAGCCCACCAGCAGCAUGUCCCGGCGUAAGAUCUCCUCGGAAUCCUUCAGCUCGCUCGGCUCGGACUACCUGGAGACCAGCCCUGAGGAGGAAGGCGAAUGCCCCGUGGCCAGGCUUUGUUGGAACGGCAGCCGGAGCCCCCCUUCCCAGUCGGGGGCCACCACCCCUGUUGCCGCCGCGGCCCCCCCGUUAGAGCAGGCGUCGGCGUCGGCGGCAGCAGCCGUCCCAGCCCCCACGGGUUCUAGGAGGGCUCCUCGCAGGAGACGGGUCAACUUGGACUCCUUGGGCGAGAGCAUCAGCCGCCUCACCGCCCCCACGCCUCAGACCAUAAGGCAGACUCUCCAGAGGACACUGCAGCAUUAUGAGCAUCAAGUUAUUGGUUACAGGGAUGCUGAAAAGAACUUCCACAAUCUCUCUAACCGAUGUUCCUAUGCAGACCGCUCUGGCAAUGACGAAACUGAAGAUGUCUCAGGAAUUCUCCAGUGUACAGCAAAUAUACUCGGCUUGAAGUUUGAAGAACUGCAAGAGAAAUUUGGGGCUGAAUUCUUCAAUAUCUGCUUUGAUGAGAACGAGCGAGUCCUGCGAGCUGUGGGUGGCACCUUGCAAGAUUUCUUUAACGGCUUUGAUGCUUUGCUGGAGCACAUCAGGACAUCGUUUGGAAGGCAGGCCAGUUCAGAAUCCCCUUCUUUCCUAUGCAAAGAGCUCCCUGAAGGCAACCUUAUGCUCCACUACUUCCAUCCUCAUCAGAUUGUUGGUUUCGCCAUGAUGGGUAUGGUCAAGGCAGCGGCAAGAAAAAUCUACCAGCUGGAAGUCGAAGUGGAACAGAUUGCAAAUGACAAACUGUCUUCUGAGGACUCAAACCCAGGCAACUGCAGCUGUCUCACUUUCAUUAUCAAAGAGCGCGAAAAUGCAAAUAUCACAAAAGCUCUUCCUCUAGGUACUUCCCAAUCCCCCUCAGACCUGAGGAUAAGCAUCAGCACCUUCUGCCGAGCAUUUCCCUUCCAUCUGAUGUUUGAUCCCGGCAUGCUGGUGCUGCAGUUAGGGGAAGGACUUAGGAAGCAACUCAGAUGCGACACUCACAAGUCGUUGAAAUUCCAAGAUUGCUUUGAGAUUGUUUCUCCAAAGAUUGGUGCCACGUUUGAACGGGUCCUCCUGAGACUGUCUACGCCCUUUGUGAUCCGGACCAAACUUGAAGCGUCUGGCUCUGAAAAUAAGGAUAAGGUGAUGGAAAUCAAAGGACAAAUGAUCCACGUCCCAGAAUCAAACUUGAUUUUGUUUUUGGGCUCCCCUUGUGUGGACAAGUUGGAUGAACUUAUGGGCCGAGGCCUCCACCUGUCAGACAUACCAAUCCACGAUGCUACCCGUGAUGUCAUCCUUGUUGGGGAGCAGGCAAAGGCCCAGGAUGGCUUGAAGAAGCGGAUGGACAAACUGAAGGCAACAUUAGAACGAACACAUCAAGCCCUGGAGGAGGAGAAGAAGAAGACGGUGGAUCUUCUUAUUUCUAUCUUCCCAGAAGAAGUGGCUCAGCAGCUGUGGCAAGGGCAGCAAGUUCAAGCCAGGAAGUUUGAUGACGUUACUAUGCUCUUCUCGGACAUUGUUGGCUUCACUGCGGUCUGCGCCCAGUGUACUCCCAUGCAGGUGAUCAGUAUGCUCAAUGAGCUCUACACACGAUUUGACCAUCAGUGUGGAUUCCUGGAUAUCUAUAAGGUGGAAACAAUAGGUGAUGCGUACUGCGUUGCAGCAGGGCUCCACAGACAGAACCUAAAUCAUGCAAAGCCCAUAGCCCUGAUGGCCCUGAAGAUGAUGGAGCUGUCAGAGGAGGUGCUUACACCAGAUGGAAGACCUAUUAAGAUGAGAAUAGGGAUUCACUCAGGAUCUGUUCUGGCUGGAGUUGUUGGUGUAAGAAUGCCAAGAUAUUGUCUCUUUGGCAACAACGUCACCCUAGCAAGCAAAUUUGAGUCAGGAAGCCAUCCACGCCGCAUCAACGUCAGCCCAACAACGUACCAGCUUUUGAAGAAGGAAGAAAAUUUUAUCUUCAUUCCUCGGUCCCGUGAAGAGCUUCCAGACAACUUUCCAAAGGAAAUCCCUGGGAUUUGUUAUUUCCUGGAGGUCAGAACUGGUCAGAAGCAGCCAAAGUCCUCCGUCACAUCUGCCAGAGUGAGAAAGAUUUCCUACAACAUUGGCACCAUGUUCCUCCGGGAAACCAGCCUAUGAGGCCUGCUGCAGAUCAAAGACUCAUCAAAAAAGCACAAGCCCAGAACUGGGUCAUGACAGGAGAGAGGAGAUUCUUUCUGUUUCACUGCAUUGUUCUAAGCAAGCAGUAGAAGCUCCGUGAAAUGCCAGGCAAUAAUUCUUUUUAAAGGUGGGUGACUGCUGUCUGUAAACAAACUGGAAAGGGUCAAGGGAGGGAGCAGGGAUUUUUUUUAAAAAAAAAUCAAAUUAAAACAAAAUUCUUCUCUGUUGCCAGAGCUACUGUUGGCCAUAAAUAUCAACAUGGUAAAAAAGAAAGAAAGAAUCAAAACUGAGUGGCUAAUAAUGGGGGACAAAUUCCACUAAGUAUUGGGCCUCUUCCAAAAGGUCCAGUGGAAUAAAAGAGUAUUUGGUGGAUUGCUUUGUUCUGUUCAGAAACAGGCAGGGGAGUCCACUUUUGAAGGUGUAGUAUCCCUGCUAUUGCUUUAAAUAUCCUCCAUUAAUGUCAACAGAAUCAGGGUAGGCCCCCUUCACAUGCAUCUGUAAAAUGCAUGUAAGAGUCACAGUAGCAGUACUUAGUGAAUUAUUCUAGAAAAGUGCACCAGCUAAGCAAAUUAUAAUGCAUUCCUGCAUUUAAAGGUAUUCAGUAAGGUUUAACUAAGGAUGCUUCUGGGUAUUUUUUUUAAACACGUCAUACAAAUACUGUAGAUAUCAUUUAUAACCUUCUAGGCAGGAGGAAUUAUAAUUCAGCAUAUAAUAUCAUAGGGAUUUUGCCUAUUUUUUUAUACAUUUCACUUUCUGGACAAUCUUUCACAUGCUGUAACAAAUGUGAAGCCCACUUCUUGUAUAUUUUCUGCCAUCUAUCCAACUGUCAAAGAUGAUGAUGGUGAUUAUUCAAAUGAUAAGAAAUGCCAUUUUGUUGGAGUUUUGCUAGAUCUACACUUGGAUAAUUUUUCUUUUUCUGACAAGUAAAUGUUUAUGUCUUGCAUAUUUAAACUGAUGUUCAAUAUUUGUCCUGCAAGUAGUGUAUGUCCUGGCAUCAGAACAAUACAAGCAAAGAAGCGAUUAUCAUGCUCGGUGACUGAUCCACUAUUGGAAGUCCCAAAGCCCUAGAGUUUAGGUCUGACCCAAACCUCCCAGUCACCCUUAGUAGAACUCUAGCAAUCUUAUCUGUUUAUAAACUGUACCAGGAACCUUUUCAGAAUGCUUGUAAAGUAACAGCCCUUUGUAAUAAAACAUGCCUAAAAGUUGUUGGUUCCACAGCAUGACUUCAUCAUGCUCUGAACUUCUCCCAAGCUGCCAAGUCCCAUUGUGGGCAUAGUAUAUAUAUCACCACUGGCUAUGUAUUCACUAUUACUAACAUGGUUAUGAACAUUGAUGGAUGUAGAAAUAUGGGGGGGGGAAUAGUGCAUCUAUUAUGUUGAUACUCAUCAUUACUUAUCAAGAUUGACUAUAAUAUUUUUAGAAGUAUCUCAUAAAAUACAUUUAAGACUCUGGAACUUCCAAAAUCCUGGUGUCAUUAAUCUCCAUGACUACUUCAGAAAAGCAGUUUGAGGACUGUAGCCUAGGUACUACGUUGAUCAGCAGGAAAACUUCUCUUGUAUGUGUAGAUAAUUUCAUGCCCAUUUUCCAUGCAGAAUAAUUCAAUGAGAGAUUUUCGUUUUAAAAAUUACAGUAUUCAUUUUGACACACCACUUAGCAGAGUGUCAAAUGCAUUUGCAGCGUUCAUCUGUUUUGUAUCAGCAAUAUGUCAUGCCAAACCAAACCAUAACAUGCUCUGAAGAACAUAAAACUAUAUACGUAGUUUUACUCAUUAAAUCAGAACUCAGAAUUGGUAAAGAAUUUAGAAUUUGGAAAUGGUAAAGGAUCAUAGCCUUACAUAGAGACAAAUUCUAGAAGAAUUAUCCUGUUAGCUUGUUGCAGCAAAAAGAAAGCUCUUGUGACAUCUUGAAAACUAACACUGCAAUCCUAUACAUACCUAACUGGGAGUAAGCCCCACUGAAUUCAGUGGGGCUUACUUUUGAGAAGACAUGUAUAGGAUUGCACAGUAACAGAUUCAUUAUAGCAUCAACAGGGCCAGGCCAGUAAUGAGGCAAAAUGGGACAGUUAUCUCAGGCGAUCAGCACAGGGAGCAAUGAAUUUGCAAUUUGAUCCCCUGCUCACCUUAUUAUUAGCUUGACCAGUGGGCCAUCCAAUUAGCCACCUGGCAAGGUGAGUCUCUUCACCACCACGUCAAUGUCCUCCACCCUGCCUCAUCUUGCUCUGAGGAUCCUUCAGAUCCUUUCUCAGGGCAAGGAGAGGCAGGAAGGAGGUGAUGGGAAUGACAGAGAAACUACCAGCGCCGCCACUUAUGUGGCAGGAAAGUGGGGAAAUGAGGGAGCAGCAGUAGAAAGAGGGCAGAAGGGAAAAGGUGGGCAGCACCAGCAGCACUGCAAAGAAGAGGAUGCGGGGAGAAGGGAAGAGGAGGAAGGGUAGUGGUAGCUGAGCUGCUGCUUGCCUCAGGUGGUACAAUUCCUUGCACCAGGCCUGAGACUAAGGUUUCAUGGACUAGAGUUCACUUCGUUGGAUGCAUGGAGUAUUAUCUUUUGUCGGCAGAUACAUAGUUGCUGCUGCAUUGGCACAAGUGGAGAGCUGGGCCAAGAGGAGAAACAACUGCAGGCUAGGGAGCUCCCACCCUCCCCAGUACUGGACAUUAACACCCAGCUUUAAGCCAAAGCCAACUUCUCGGGGCUGGUGGAUAUCUGGCCAGCAUGUUGCUGCUGUCUUGCAAGAUUGGCACCGAGGUAAAGCUGCUCCCAUCAUUGUACAAAGGAGGCCAAGCAUGGGCUGAGAACAUAAAAGCCAGAAGGAAGACUUUUGUUGAAUUAAUUCUUGGAUUUAGCUGAUUGUAUUCGAGACGGUUUUGACAUAAAUUUAGAUCUGACUUGUUUUACAUCUUGGCAAAUGCUAUGUUCUUAUUAUAUUGACUUUCCUUCUGAUAUUUUGUUAACUGAGUUGGAUGUGUGUGUUUUGCCGUAAGUGGCUUUGGGUUUUCCUUGGGAAGGAAAAACAGAAAUAGACGAAAUAAAAUGAAGUAAAGGUUGACAUGAGUAAAAGUAGAUGGGGGAAUCAUAAACAUGGACAAAAAUAGGAGCUCCGGGGAGGAAAAGGUGAGAUAAAAAUGUGAAUAAAUAAAUAGCCGUGCAAGGAGUGCCAUUAGGCUUGUGAAGUAAAAACAGACACUUUUGGAACAGUUACAUAUGAUUUCGGUAUCCCAUUGGCCUUUUAAACCCAGUGUUAUAUUUUUUCAUAUAUUUAUAUAUGAAUAGCUAUAGAUAGAUAUGCGUACAGCAGACAAUGUUUCAUGCAUCUAACAAAGCUGCCUCUAAUCUACAAAAGCUGAUGCCACAAUAAAUCUUGUUAGUCUUUAAUGUGCCACAAGAUUCUUGGCUGUCUUGCAUAGAAGUAAUUCAACACAGUUCCAGUGGAACCUUGAUGAUUUAUGCCCUGUGUGAUUCUUCAUACACGAAGGUGAAGCAUAGAACAUAUUGUAUUUCUCUAGUGUUGUGUUCCUAGAGCUUUCUUGACAGUUAAGAGAUGGCUGGCAAAUCACUUCUGCAAUGGUACCUAUAGGUGAAUGCUAAUUUGAAGCUGAAUACUGCCCAUGUCUUACAGAUGAGCACUCAAGUUCAUUUGUAUACAUCUUUUCAAAGUUUAAAAACUGAACUGGAAUGUAAAGAGAAGUCAGACAAUUUGGGGAUGGUGUGCCCUUCACUAUAAAGAGUGUUGGCAGUUAGGAGAAUAAGGUUGUUUCUCUAGAUUCAUACAUUUUCAGCAAAGGUUCUUAAACAGUGAGUUGCAUACAGAUGUCAGGAGACGCAGAAACUUCUCCCAGUCCCCCUUCCCUUUUUCAUUGGUUUGGGUCACAGUGUGCUUUGAUUAGUUCAUCAGGCAGCGUGCCUGUCCCUCCUCAAUAUGGGACCAUCUACUCAUGAUGAUUAGUAGUGCAGGCGAUCAGUGAGGGUAACAUAUCAACUACAAACUUGAGAUUCCAUGUGUGUGUUAUGUGCCUUCAAGUCGAUCCCGACUUACGGCGACCCUAUGAAUCAGUGACCUCCAGUAGCAUCUGUUGUUAACCACCCUGUUCAGAUCUUGUAAGUUCAGGCUGUGGCUUCCUUUAUAGAAUCAAUCCAUCUCUUGUUUGUCCUUCCUCUUUUUCUACUCCCUUCGGUUUUCCCCAGAAUUAUUGUCUUUUCUAGUGAAGCAUAUCUUCUCAUUAUGUGUUCAAAGUAUGAUAACCUCAGUUUCAUCAUUUUAGCUUCUAGUCAGAGGUAAUAGUACCAUGAUGAGAAAGGCUGCCUUAAAAUAUAUUGUAAUUAAUCAUAGUUAGACAUGAAAAAGAAACCCUGAGAAUAGGAAUAAUAAAGUAACUCAAGGUUGCAAUCCUUUACACAUUUACUUGGAAGCAAGUCCCACUGAAUUUGGUUCAACUUACUUCUGAGUAGACAUGCAUAGGAUUGCACUGUUAGAAGCCUCUUUUUGGAAACUGUGACCAGAGGUGAUUCUCUGCCAAUAUGAAACAUGUUGUAGCUGGAUUCUUUCCUACCAUGUGUACUACCAUGGUCAUUUUUUCAGAACAAGCUAACUCUCUUCUUCUCCCCCUGCCCCUCCAUUUGAUCUAAGGACAUUAUUUAAAAGUUUUCAUAUUGUGCUAUGUGAGGCAAGGCACGCAGCAUUCCACUGUCAAAGGCUAUACACCCUUUUCAUAUGUUGUUGCCUCAUAGUAGAGUGUCAAGUGAACAUCACAUAAGAACAUAAGAAGAGCCUGCUGGAUCAGGCCAGUGGCCCAUCUAGUCCAGCAUCCUGUUCUCACAGUGGCCAACCAGGUGCCUGGGGGAAGCCCGCAAGCAGGACCCGAGUGCAAGAACACUCUCCCCUCCUGAGGCUUCCGGCAACUGGUUUUCAGAAGCAUGCUGCCUCUGACUAGGGUGGCAGAGCACAGCCAUCAUGGCUAGUAGCCAUUGAUAGCCCUGUCCUCCAUGAAUUUGUCUAAUCUUUUAAAACCAUCCAGGCUGGUGGCCAUUACUGCGUCUUGUGGGAGCAAAUUCCAUAGUUUAACUAUGCGCUGAGUAAAGAAGUACUUCCUUAGUUUUGUGUGACAAAAUCACACUUUUGUUGCUUCUCUUUUAGCACAGCCGAUAAUCUCUGAGAAAUUGGUGUAUUUCUGCUUUCUUCAGCUAUAUGCAAGCUAUUAGCAUGCAGAUACUAUUUUUUUGUAGGCAUCUUGUACUACAUUUGGUCUAUCAACUGAAGUCAUCAUGAAGAUAAUUUUGCAGUGAAAUAGCUUCAUUUAGACAUAAACUUUUAAAAAUUGUUUCUGAGUAACCUAGCUUUUGGACUCUCAACACACGCGAGAGAGAGAGAGAGAGAGAGAGAUCUAUCAAGCAUUACUGUUCUGUCAUCUCCUCCAUUCUUUGCAGGAGGAUUUGCAGGGGCCUUCUGCUCAACUUCAGUUAUAAUUAGGGGACGUUGCGAGGCAACAUUGCUUGGUGAAUUGCUUCCAUUGUUUCUAGACAGGUAGAGAGACUAGGAAUACUAAUUCCUUUGAACAAUAGUGUCCAGAAGGUAGGAGCAAUGGUCCUGAAUGAAAAAUGCAGAACCACCAUUUAGGUGUCCUUUCAGGCAGCUAAUUUAUAGUAAGAACUGAAUUCAUAAUCACAGAGAUCAGUGCAAAACCUAAACAAUUGGUGUCAGCAUCUCCAUGGAGAUAAUGGCUGUGUUUGCAAAUAAAUCAACUCUCUCUCAAAAGAAAGAAUAGCUUCCCACAAAGAGCCUACAGACAAUUAUUUUUUUAAUAUAUAAGCAUGUUCAAAUGCAAUACAUCCUAAACAUCCAUUUUCAAUGCACACUUCAUUUAUGUGCUUCCGUAUUGUGACAAGUAAAGUUCCUUUGGGGGCACUUUUCUCUAGUUCAUUGUGUGAGGAAAGCUUGGGUGUAUUGUCAGGCUUGUGGUUUUUUUUAUACUGCCAUAAUUGCCAAGUUACUUCAUAUCUUGAAGAGAGAAGCUUGGACAUUUUCCAUCAAGUCAAGAAUGAUUUUUUUCCCCUUUAGUUAAACAGAUACUGUGAACCAUAUGGUCCAAUUGCCCCUCAUUGCAAAGGGCAUUUCAGAUUCAGUAUAGCCAUGUGGCUUUCUAAAUGUUGGAAGAUUGUGGAGGUUGAGAGGUGUAAGCAGACAGAAUUUUUGGAAAAUUUAUCAAAUGAAAGUAAGGCAACAUUUUAAAAUGUAAAUGGAUGCAGAACUAUCCAAAUGAGAGAGAUGCUAAGACAUGAACUUAUCUUGCUGUAACAAUUUACUAUGUCAGUAUCUUUCAGUGGCACACCAUUCAGGCUCUAAAUUAUAGGCUCGUUGGUCUUGCCUUUGGGGCAUGUGUGUGAACUAGAUGGCUGCUUGAUCAUUUCCAACUUCAAGGAACUUAAGUAGCAGUUGUCUAGGGAGGCAAAUUAAGAUCAGUGCUUAAGAAAACCAAAACUUUGAAUUAGUUGCAGUAUUCUAAUAUUCUACCCUUCAGUCAUACAGGACAAUAAUACCAUCUGAUUUUAAUGUCAUAAGUACACUUGCAAAGAGUCCAUUUGUAAUUGCAUGAACUGGAAUAGAAUAUUGUUUUGCAUUCUCUUGAAAUAUAUACCUUGGGUUUAUUAUUGGUAUUGAUAUUGUGGUUUAUUAUGUCUACGGGACUUUCGGUGUACAUCAUGAUUUACCAUCUUUAUUCCAGCAACUUGUAGGGCAAGAGUAUCCAACGUGGUGCACUCCAGAUGUUGUUGGACUGCACCUCCCAUCACCCCUGACCAUUGGCCAACAUUGGUCCAACAACAUCUGGAGGGUACCACAUUGGUGACCCCCUGCUGUAGGGUAAGCUAUUCAAGGCCACUCAGUGAGAUUCAUAUUCAGGCAAGGUUUUGAACUUUGGUCUCCCACAGACCAAGCCAACAUUUUAACUAUUAGCAGGCUGGCUCAUAGUGUUCCCUGCCAGAAUAUCGCAAGUCUUCCUAACUAAAUGUUCUUCUUUAGAAUGUUUUAACAAAAUUAAUUGAAUUGUGUACAUAUAAAAUAGGAAAUGCUGUGUUGCCCUCAAUGUUUUUCAAGUGUUACUAGCUAAACAUUUGUUAUGUCCACCUAGCCCUUUUUAUACAACCUAUGCACUUACUGGGCACAGUCAAGCAAAAGUGAAUAAGGCUGCACUUACGCAUAUUUCCAUGGGAGAAAGCUUCAUUGCAUAUUGGCAUCUGUGGUAUUUAGGUUAGUCCCAUUCCAUUGCUUUCAAUGGGACAUAGUCAUGCCUAACUUUUGCUGGGUUGUAUCUUGUAACUUCUGUUAGAGUCUUCCAUCUUCUGAACUAUCUGUAGCUUUGUGUGUGUGUGUGUGUGCGCGCACAUGCGUGCACACACGCGCACCAUGUCCACAUAUUACACUGGGGAUGAUCUGUACUUCAUUUCCAGUUAAAAUAAACUCUUAAUUUAUCUAAAAUAUCACUAUGAUGUUCUUAUGUGGACUGCCACUGAAAUCACAAAACAAGCCAAUAUGUGUCAAAAUGUUCCAGGCAGAGACUGAAGGGACUCCACUGUAGAUUUCCAUGGAUUUUAGGACAUUUGUGAAACAGUCCUUCUACUAAAUUACCUUUUAAAUUGGUAGCAAACUGAAGGAUUUAAUAUCUCAAGGAUGAACCACGCAUACAUUUCUCACAUGUAACAUGUAACUGUGCAGUAAAUAAAUGGGAUAAAUCUGCUGAUAAAUUGCAGGAUCGGCUUCCUUGGAGAUUUUUUAAAAACUCAUUGAACAGCUGUUACUUUGGAAUGCUUACUAACGUAUUUUGCUUUGAAGCAUGGUCCAAACUAGGCCCAUUGAGUAUCUGCCAAAUCUCAUGAAUCUUCUCUGCCGUCUCAUACCUCUUAACUGAUGUCUUAUCCCACAAUGGCCAGUAGGGUUCAGGGCCUGCUCCAUUUAUGCCAGUAAGUAAAUCACUUCAAGAAUGGUCCAUGAGCAGAUGGUGGUAGGAUUGCCAUGUGACAUUUACGGCAGAUAAAUGGUAUGAUGCAGUGCCACAAUUGAGGAAUCUUAAAGUGUUUCCACUUGCCACCUGUCCAUUUCAGGCCAGUGCCAUUAUUUUCAUCAUUUCCAGAUAUGCUAUAAUCAUUUACAUACUUAUGGAUUAUUCACUAAUCAUUUUAGUAAUACUUCAUAGUAUAUUGCAUACUCAGCAGUGCAGCAGGUCUGCCAAACAUUACCAAGAAAGUUCCAUUGUGGUUAACCAUCAUAUUGUUGUGCGCACCCCAAUCUCCAAGUGGCGAGAGACUUCCAGGGGUUCCAGCACUUACUCAGGGUCCAGCUUCCUUGGAAUGAAGGUGACUGGAGACUGUGGUAUCUUUGGUAUAUGCAGUUUUAUUUAUACAUAUACAACCUGAACAUAAGAUGGAAGGGGCUCACAGGAUUAACACUCCAAUAGAUCUAGCUUCUCUAUUGGGUUUCAAGGAAGCUCCCAAAAGCCAUAGCUUGGGAUUCAGUCAAACCUCUGUCUCUUUCCAGCUCCAUACUAGACUAAAAAACACCCAGGUUACCUCCUCGCUCUAGGAUGUGGGGAGGCCUACCCCCUUCCUGAAAGAGCAUCAUCCAGUUGUUCCUGUGCCAACACAUCUGCUCCUGACUAAGUCUUUAGACAUGUUAGACAUGCCCCACUUGACAGACUUAGCCAGACCCAUUAUCCUAACAAAAAAAACUGGUUUGCCCAGUACAGCAGGUUCCUUUACUACAAACUUCACCUCUGCAGACACAGAAUUACAGACAUCAUACAUACCAACCCCACAAUCCUAUAACAAUAUGCAAAGCAAAUAACACUGAAAAAAGGGGAGAGAUGAGUAAAAGGAUUCUGUUUAAAAUAGGGGCUUUUUAGUAAUUAUUGGCACAUCCAGCCCUUGUCAUUUUGUACAUCCAUUCAAUCUGCCAUUUUCCACAUUAAUCUGCAAUGUAGAAUAAUACUUGCACAAAAUUACAUUUAAUUUUUUUUUAAAAAAAAUGUAUUUUGGUGUUUUUUUAAAACUGCGAACUGCAUCAGACCACUUGGGAAGUGCAAAGGCUAGUGGAUAACUAAGUUCAGAUACACACAUUAGUCUAGUAAGUACAGAUCAGGUCAGCUAAUAUCAGAAUUUGCCAGAAUGACUUCUUCAAGCAUCCCAGCUUCUAAGGAGCUAAGUCAUCAUUGGUAUCAGAAAUAUAUCAUUUGGCCAUGCACAAUAAUUUAAAGAUUGUUUCAUGUAUGCAUGUCUAUAACUUGAGAACAUAACAUUCAAUCCUAGGUUUGGCUUGCGAACUGCCUCCAUUUGAAAACUAUGUCUGAAGUGAGGUAAGAUGAUGUGAAAGUUCUAUCUGCAGGGUUUGGAUUAUGAUUAAUCAUUUCCAAAUGCAAGUUAUAUCUGUUAUUGCUGUUAACAAAUGAUGAACAUGCACCUUUAGGUGAAGUCCUAAUAAGGAUCUGCAUGCAUUCCGGGAUGGAAUCUAGCAGGUACUAUUGCUCUUCAACUGCCAUUUUCACAGACAAGAAUUUUCAGUCACAGGAUUGUCCCAGCAGUGAUUUCUAUACAAAUAUGUAUGAGCUGAUCCGGAGCCCUGUGUGCACUUAGACGUGUGUUCUAGUAAGUUCACAGAGUUCAGGCUUCACCAUUGACUUCAGUGUACAUGUUCCUGUUUCCUUUGCAUGGACAAAGCUGUCACCUUCACUGAUACAAAAAGAGAAUCCACUGAAGACAGGGCUUAGGGGGCACUUUAGAGCCCCAGCGGCACUUGGUGCAUGUAUAAUACACUUAACAGAGCAUUCUUGGUUGGUUUUAGAGACCACAAGAGGACUACUUGGAUAGUUCAUAUAAGAUGAGAUGCUGUACAAAACACACAAGUGACAGAGUGGAGCUGGGAUAAGGGGCAAUUGCCUUUGCAAAAGCAGCCAAGUGGCAACUUUACCUUCCUGGUCCUUCUCUAAUGUGCUGUGUUUCCCCGACUAGAAAAGUACUAUGGCAGCUGCACUUUGCAGCACAUUCCCAGCAUUCUAUCCUUUAGCCCCUGCAAGUCAGAAGUUAGAGGAAACCACAUGUAAAGCCCCCAAAGUAAGGAAAUGAAAUAGUGCUAUGUGGCUAACCUCUUCUGACAUUAAGGCCAGGCGAGGGGGAAGGGGGAGGAGAAUCAACUAGUAGCUGCUAGGGAUGGGCAAGAAAUUCAAUUCAGUUCACAUUCCAAGCUGAAUCAAUCAAAUUUGCACUUUCUGAAACAAUAUGAGAACUGAAACACAGCCUUUCUUUGAAAUCCACACUUCACUGAAUUUUGAGAUGCAGUUCUCCAACCAAACAAUGCAUUUUUGUAAACAUAUGUCAGGGGAAGGUGUACAUAACAAUGAAUAUAUGAGUGAAAAGAACACACAAAAAUGAAUAUUGUGAUGAGAAAUUAUUGCAAAAAUGUAUACAUUAUUCAAAACUGCCUACAAAAAUGUGUUUAUGAGGAGAAAUCCGCAAUAAAAUGCUGGAGAAUUUUCAUGAGGAUUUUUUUUAAAAAAAUGUUGCUAAUUGCUGCAGAAAUGUGGAGAACUGAAUUUAAGAUUGGAAAAAAGAGAAAUUGAGAGAACCAACAUUGACAGAACUUUCCAUCCAUACUGCUGUAGUCAGGAAAAGCUGUGCAAAUGCUAUCUGGACAGUGACGAUCUCGCCUCAGUUGUUCACGUUCUGGUAACUUCUAGAUUGGACUACUGUAAUGCGCUCUACGUAGGGCUGCCCUUGAAGACUGUUCGGAAACUCCAGCUAGUGCAAAAUGCAGCAGCCAGGUUGUUGACGAGGACCUAUCGGUCUGCGCAUAUAACACCUGUCCUGGCCCGCUUGCACUGGCUACCCAUCUGUUUCCGAGCUAGAUUCAAGGUGCUGGUUUUGACCUAUAAAGCCUUAUACGGUGUGGGACUGCAAUACCUUGUGGAACGCCUCUCCUGCUAUGAACCUACCCGUUCACUUCGUUCAGUAUCUAAGGCCCUCCUCCGGGUACCAACUCAUCAGGAAGCCCGGAGGACUGUUGUUAGAUCUAGGGCCUUUUCUGUGGUGGCCCCCGAACUCUGGAACAGCUUACUUGAGGAGAUACGCCUGGCGCCUACGGUACUUUCUUUUAGGCGCCAGGUUAAGACCUGGCUAUACUCCCAGGCAUUUUAAUGUUUUUACGUUUAAUUUUGUUAGUUAACUUGUUGUUAUGUGUUAUUGAUUUUAUUAUAUUAUUGUAUUUUAAUCCAGUUUUGUAUACCGCCCAGAGAGCUACUAGCUAUGGGCGGUCUAGAAAUGAAAUGAAAUAAUAAUAAAUAAUAAUAAUAUAGCAGUCCAGAAAUGGACAGAGAAGUACCUCACAGGGUUGUUGUGAGGAUAAAAUUGGGAGGGGGAGAACCAUGUUUGUAAGCCACCAUGAACUUCUUGAAGGAAAGGUGGGAUAUAAAUGUAAUAAAUAAAUAAAUAACAGCCACUUGUAUAGAGCCAGUUCAUAUUCAUGGGAUUAAUAUGCAUUAUUCUUUCUCAGCUUAGCACAUCAUUAAAAACUUUUAAAUCAUUAAAAACUUUUAAAACUUUUAAAAUGAUCAGUAUGUGAUGAAUCCAUACAUACAAAACAGUUCCAUAGAUGUGGUGAUGAAUUCCAGCUUAGAUUACUUUAAAAGAAGAAUUAUUAGACAGACUCAUGGAGGAGAACUUCAUCAAUAGCUAUUGACCAUGGUGACUAAAUGGAGCAUCCCUGUUCAGAGGAUGCAUACCACUGAACACUAGUCAUUGGGAUAGACAAGUGAGGGAAGGCUAUUGCAUCCAAGCUCUGCUUAUGGGCUUCCCAAUGGAAUCCAGUUGACAGCUGGAGAAAACAUAAUGGAUGUUUAGUCUGAUCCUGCAGGGAUCUUAUUGUUGUUAUUAUGUAUUAUUAUUUAUUGAAAUUAUUUCCCGCCCUUCCUCCCAAAGGAGUCCAGGGGGGCAAACAUAUCAACAAAAACAACUCAAAAACAAGAAAAAGAAAAGCAUUCUAAAAGCAGUUAAAAUCAUUCUAAAACACAGUCACAGUUAAAAACAUUCUUUCAUCAGUGAUAGUCAGAUUGCCAGGAACAGUCACCUUCAGCCAUCAAAUGCCUGGGUAAACAGGAAUGUUUUCAAAUUCCUGACAACAUUGCCUUAAAUGGCUACAACAAAUACCCAAAAUUGUUGAUGUUCAUGUUAUCAACUCUAGCCCAAUUCAGCUUUUAGGCAGCUUAUUCAAAUCUUUCCCAGAAAUGAUCUUUGCCUAUUUGUUGCUUAAUAAUAUAACAAAAGAGAUUAACAAAACAUGCAAACUCAAAAAAAAAUAGGUCAUUUGCUUAGGAGCAAGCUGUAAGUGGAAUUUUCUGGCACUCACCCAUGGAUGCUCAUAUUUUAGUUGCAUGGUGUCUCACUAUGAACUGUAUAUGUGCGCUUGAAGAAUGAUCUCCUAGCAAUAGACUACAAGUACGAAGCAAUAAAAAAAAAGCCAUGAUCACAUUGGAGUCUGUAGGUGUACACUUCUUUGUGCUUGUGGCAGUUAAACUGUAUAUAAGCAAUAAAGCAGCAAAUCAUAGGUUUAAAAUUGGCCUCUCUGGCACCCAAAGCAAUAAGUUCCUUCUGAGAUGGAGCAUUGGCUACAGACAAGAUAGUAACAUUUAAUCUAUCUCAGCAUCCGUCUUGUGCUAGCCCUACCAAGUCAUUAUUUCUUUCUCUCCCAAUGCAUUCCUCUUCAGGGUCCAGUUGUCUCCCAAGUUUGUGGGUGAGAAUAUGUAACCAUAGGAGAUUUGGUGGCAUAAGUGGUAUUUGCAACUUGCUUGUAUUGUAACGUAAGGGAGUUCUAGCUGUUCAGGUUUAUUGUAAAGUACCACUCAAAAUUUAAAGAUGUGGUCAGGUAAGCACAAAACUGGCCUAAAUUCACUAACCAAUGUAAGUAUGGAAACAUUAUUACGCCACCUGAAAGUUUCUGUCAGCAUUGGUUCCAGGCAGCUUUUAUUGAUUAGUUCUUUAUUUCUGAUGCCAGAAGAUAAGCUCCUGAUAUACAGAAGGAAAUAGCCCUCUUAAGCUUCUUGUCCGACAUCUAGUGACGUCCAAAAAAUGUGAUUCUUUGGAGUAAUAUGUUUCUACUUAUGGUAGCAUUGUUUGUCUUUCUCAAACUACUAGUUGGAUAAUGAAUCAUGAUAGCACUUUUUCCUGUGCACAAGGAGCUUUCCAACUCUUGUCCCAUUUUCUCUUCACAGCAAAAGUGAAGGUUAGGUUGGGAGAGGAUUACCAAAUCGUGGGUUUGAACUUGGGACUUCUGCAGCCAAUCUUCAAGGUCUAUCAGUUGCAAGGUCCUACUAAGAUUUCAGCUACUAAUAUUUCAGCUAUAAAUUUAUUAGGAUUGCAUAGACUGUAUUCUUCAGGAUAUUCUUCAUAGUUGAAGCUUCUCUACAAUUUGUGCAGAAACCCAGGCUAUUCUUGUCUGGCAUAGCAUACUGCUGUGCACUCCAGUUAAAAACAACCAUCAAGUAUGGCAGUAUCCUCUUCUUUAACCUGAGAGUUCACCAAAGCAGGGUUAUCUAGGGCCUGGGCUAGAGUUUUGAAGGCACAUGAUGCUGGAACAUUGCCGAAACUUCUUGGUCAGUGACUAGAUAGGAAACCUUCUGGAAACCAAAUGUAUACUGCCUUCAAUUAAUAUCAAUUUAAUUAGCCUUGCUUCUGCAUAGAAGUUUUAUUAAGCUCCACUGUUUAAGGUCACAGAGAAAAUGAGACAGUUAAUGAAUUGAAGCAUAGUACAUCAUGUAUUUAGCCAUACCUAUGCCACAUAGAAAGCACUGCCUUAAAUCCACCUGUACCUUAUUUUCUGUAUUUGCAAGUCAAAGUUAAGAAUUAAUACAGCCAUUGUUCAUCAAACUGCUGCCCAAGAGUCAAUUCCCUUCACUAAUUCUGAGCAUCAUCCGAACAUCCAAAUUCUUUUUUCAUUAAUCCAGAAUAACUUCACAUCAUUCAGUCUCUCCAUCAAUAAAAAAAAUUAGAAAUUUCUCUUAUGAACGUACUUUGAAAGGCAGUGGAGAGAUACCACAUUGUAUUUACAGUUCUCUGCCUUAAAUUGUUUAUAAGAAUAAUCAGGCAGUUAAACACUAUUAAGGAGUAGGUAGCUUAUAUGACUUUGAGAGAGUAUCCAUAUUUCUAGUUGUCUCACAAGAAAGGCUUCGGUCUUCAAUACACACUUAUUUCAGUGUCACAGUUGCACAAGAAUCAGUGAAACUGUCACACAGUUAGUUGUAUGACUGCCUUGAUUAAGGUUAAGAAUGAAGUUUGUGCCACUAACACAUCAGGCCCCUUUUGUGCAAAACAACUGCUCCCUGGUUCUCUUUUCACAAUAAUGCAGAUUAGAACUCCCACUCCAUCCAUAAUCAUGGAAGAAUCUCAAACUUUAGCUUCCUGAUCAUGAAUCUGAAUGUUUGGGUAAAGAAUGUUUAAAUGGCAAUUGAUUUGUAUUAAGUGAUUGAGAAUGUGCCACAAAAGUAAAGAGAAUGCAAAAAUGUAAGGGAGUUAAAACAAGUCCCAGACCAUCACUGGUCAGAUCUCUUUAAAGCAGCCUACAGCUUUCAGUGGUUCAACCAGUGGGUCAUCAUGACCCAUAUGUGGGUGACAUCAGUGGCCUCACCAUGAUUUUAUUAUUUAAGACAGCCUUACCCAUCCUGGUGCCCACCAGCAUGGCCAUUGGUCAGAGAUGAUGAGAGUUGUAGUCCAAAGCAUCUGAAGAGCAUCACAGGGAAGGCGAGUUUAAGAACAGAGUAAUUAGGAAGGAGACAAGCAGGCCCUCCCUUAGCAUGUGUGGGGCCCGGGCAAAAGCUAGUUGGGGGGGGCACAUUCUUUCCCUCUCUUUAUAUAUAUAUAUAUAGAGAGAGAGAGAGAGAGAGAUUUUAUUUACGAAUAUAUAUAAUUAUAAUAUUUACAUAUCAUCUUCAUUAUUCCCUUUGGAAAUAGUGACUGGUGCCCCUGUUUUGACAGAUGUGGGAAUAAGGCUAAGAGAAAGUGACUUUGCUAAGGUAUAUCUUCUUGGCUGAGAUAGGGUUUGCACCUGGAUUUCCCAUAUUCAAAUUUUUCAGUAGCAAAUACUUUUCAGUAGAGCACAAUGAUGCUAUAUCCUCACAUGUCAUAAUAUUGGUAAGUUUUGCCUAGAGAAUUGUCACUAGAAUUUCAAGAACCUGGUGUCAAUUUUGUUCCUAUUGAUAUAUUAACUGCAUUAGAAACAUCAGAUUUAGCAAGAACAUCUAGGCCAGCAUUAAGUUCUUUUUGAAACAUUUUGUUUCUGUUAUUUCUUUUUCUCCAAACUGAAAGUCAAAUAUUUGUAUUUACAGAAUGAUAGUGAAACAAAUGGUUGCAGUUUCUUUUUAAGUGAGAUGGACUGAUUAUAUAGCACAGUGAUGCACAGUGCUAGUGUGAAACACAUCUAAGAACAGCUAAGUUAUCUGAGCAGCAGCAGCGGCGGCUUGUAAUUUUGCGGCUGGGAGCUGCUUUGGCUACUUUUUACGUGCAGCUCCUAUUUAAGCUCCAGACAGCGGCGGCUGCUCGUAUUUUCAGCCGCGGUGUCCCGGUCAGGCUGCUAAAAAUACGAGUGCCGCCGCCGCCUGAGAGUAACAGAGCUGGCAGCAAAGGGGCAAAAAGGUUGCAAGGAGAGCCGCAGCUGCGGACUCCCAGCAAGGCUCAUCUCACUGGAGACGUGUGAGCCCAAACAGGGGAAUGGCAGCCGCUGGAGCCCCCAACAAAGUGCCAGAGCCCCCAACAAAGGGGCUGAGGAGGGGAAAGAAAGUAAAAAAAAAACCACCGCCAAGCGCGGGCCCCCCCAAAGUGCGUGGCUGGGGGCAACUGCCCCGCUUCCCGGUGCCUAGGGGCAGCUCUGGAGACAAGAAUAACAGGGAGAGAAUGACAGAGAAAUAGGCAUGCAGGCACUGGGAAUUACCAAAGUGGUAUAGUAGGGCCUUGGGAGCUACGGUCUUGUAAUGUAAAGACAAUCUUGCUAAGAAAUGAUGCAACUCUAACCUGUCACACUGAAUUACAUCCAGACCUCCUUCCAAAUAAAACUAUUUCAGCUUCCACAAAAUUCCUAUUCAUAAAAGCAGCAAUUCAACGUGCUUUAAAAAGGGGAAAACACUAAUACUUUUCUACUAAAUACACUCUAAAGCUACCACUACUACUACUACUACUACUACUACUACUACUACACACACACACACACACACACACACACACACACACACAGAAAAUGCUUCACGUUGACACAGGAUAAGGGUGGGGAAGCUGUGGCCCUUCAAAUGUUGUUGGAUUCCAACUUCCAUGAGCCUCUGCCAACAUGGUCAAUGGUCAAGCACGAUAAGAGUUGUAGUCUGGCAUCUAGUUUCCCACUGCUGACAUAGAGCUUGUUACUUACAUACCUCUGUGUUGUGAGCCACCUUGGAGGGGGUAAAUAAAUAAAUAAAUAAAAUACUCAUGACUACUCUAAUCUUAGCCUCCCACCCCUCUAUAUUUCACUGUCCAUCUCCAGGCUGCUGUGAUAUGCCUUCAAAUCCCAGUUCUCUUCAUACCCAGUUCUCUUCAUAUCCAGCUCUUUUCAGAGUCCUGCACACAGCUGCAAUUAUCAAACAAGCUUGGCAAUGCACCAUCUGACUCCUCAAAGUUGGAAUUGGGGUGAUGUAAAUGUAAAGAUCUUGGUCAGCUGUGAGCCAUAAAUGUUGUUAAUCAAGAGAUGGAAUAGUGGCUGUAGUGUAGACUGAAACUGGGUGCACUGAAGAUUACAAAAUCAUUUCAUGGGCUGCUACUCUGCCUUGUUUAUACACAUACCAGCUGCAGUCCUCUGCUCGCAUACUCGGAAGGGCAUUCCACUAUGUUCCAUGGGGCCUACUCCCAAGUAGGCCUUGUUUAGGAGGAUUACAGCUACAGAGACUCAGAGGCUGUUCACCGUUAGGCUUAGCGAGCAAACAGACGUUUCCCUCAAAUUUUUAUAUAAUCCCACUUCUCUUAUUUCCUUCAAAAGUUUAAUCAGCUCACCUUUUCUGUAACACCUUCGGCACAGUACCUUAUUCCCAAAUCUCACUGUAAUAAAGCGUGAGUAUGUCUAAUUAGAAUUAAUGCAUAGUGUACUCCCUUCUUCCUCCAUCUCUCUCCCCAGCCUUUUUGUCUCAUCUGUGUAAGCUCCUUGGGAGCAGGGGCCUGCCCUUCUAUACUUUGCAAAGCAGCCUGCAGAUUAAAAACAAUCACUUCAGACCUGGGACAUACCAGUCAUUAUCUUAUAUAUCUUUUAUAUCACACCAUUAAUUUGACAGUUUGACAGGUACCCCAAAAGUGUUUUUAGGGGGGAUGCUCAAAGUGAUCCAAUAUAUUAAAAGGGGGUCCCAACAGUAUUGGAAAGACACCAGUAAUGAUGAAUAUUAUAAAAUGGUAGAAGGACUCUCUGUUCAGAGUGCAGCCUCUCCACUCUCAACCUCAACUCUGGCUCCCUUGCUCUCCCCACAUUUUUCUCUGCUCAGCUCCUCCCUCCACGGCAAAGCCUUGCUUUCAAGGCAUAGCAAGCGAAACAGUGCAAUCAGUUCUCCCUCUUUUUUAUCAAUUGGCUCUUUACUUAACAAUGCAAUUUGUUUGCCUGAUUAUUUGGGAAAGCGGACUCUGCCUCUUCUGGCCAGUCUUAGGAGUGGGCUGUUGCCUUCUCUGCCCUCAUCCUCUUCCAGAUCCCUGCAGAUCAGAGGCUAUUUUUUCACAAGGUUUUAGGUAUUAUGAUCUGACUGCUCUUUCUUUCUAAGGAAUUGGGCAGCUGUGCAAGAUGAGGCCUGGUGGGAGUGCCCUGGAAAUUGCAGUGAUGUAUGAAAUCAGUUGGUCGUCAACUGCACUGAAAUUGGUUGGUAAAGGAAGAAAAGGGAAGUAAAUUCAGUUCUGUAAGUAGGACAGAAUUUCAAAGCACUCAGUACAGAUCCGAAGAAGAGUUUUUCUCUCUCUCAGUUGGCUGCCUCUUAAAUUCUUAACCCUUCAUUUUCAGGUUGUGUAUUGCUUAAGUGAAGAUGGCUGCUGUUGCUGCUGCUCUCAUGAAGCCCUCCAGACUAGACUGCCCUCAGUGCUAUAAAGUGCUGAUAAUGCAACUCACCUCUUGUUUGUUUGUAUAGCCCAAGAGUACACAAAGCAUGGCUGCUGGAUCUAGGGAGGGACUCACCUGCUUUAAGGCAUAGCACUUUCUAGGAGGAAGGGUGAGAUAUUAAAUAAAUAAAUAGAUAAAUAAAAUCAUGACUUCUCCCUCCAAUGAAUCCUGGAAACUGUAGGUUGUUAGGCUGCUGAGAGUUGUUAGAAGACCCAUAUUCCCCUCACAUAACUACAAUUCCCAGGGAACUCUGGCCUGCUCCAGCAGCAUUCUUCUUAUGUUCUAGGAAGAGGGACAACCAGACUGGGUAAACAUUCUUCACCAUCUCACUCUGUAGAUGUAGAUCCUUAAAGCAACUGCUACAGUGCACUUUGACAACACUAAAAAGGUGUUGUUUAGAAAUAGGUGUGCUUUGUAUAGGCAAUGGAAAUGGACUGCCUUUAAGUCGAUCCCGACUUAUGGCGACCCUACGAAUAGGGUUUUCAUGGUAAAUGGUAUUCAAAGGUGGUUUACCAUUGCCUCUCUCUGAGGCUGAGAGGCAGUGACUGGCCCAAGAUCACCCAGUGAGCUUCAUGGCUGUGUGGGGAUUCGAACCCUGGUCUCCCAGUCAUAGUCCAGCACCUUAGCAACUGGAAAAAUAUCUUAUUGUCAUAACAUCAAAUAGCAUUUAAACAUUUGAAAGCAAGUGCAACUUGAACUUUAAAAAAUGUAUUUUGUGCUUCAGCCACAGCAGUUAAAUAAAAGUAGGCUAAACUAAUGGCCUCUGAUGAUGUUUUUAUAUUAGUGGCCAAGGGAAGGGUUCUGGGUGAUAUCAUUCAGUGUUCAGUAGUAAAAACAUCAUCCAGUGUUCUCAAAAAAGUGCUUAUAAUUUCAAACAGGCCAUGUGCCCUCUAUGGUCAAACGUAUUAGGCAUCUUAGAAAGUACUUAUUUUGGCAGAAAAACAACAUUAAGAUCACAAUCCUAAAUCCAUUUAACAAGGAAGGAAGUCCCAUUGAACUCAGCUGGCUUCAUGUCUGAGAAAAGAUGCUUAGGGUAGAGACAUACUGUACUGCUGGUUCUAGUGCAUCUCCACCUCUCUCUUCUGGCAACGGGGGGCACACAAUGCUAGUCAAACCCCACCCUUUUUUUACUGUAAAACCUGGUGGGAUCAGCUUGAGUGCAUUUUUAAAAAUUCGCUUCAAAGAGGUUUUGCAGAGCAAAGCUUUUCUGUAUGCAACUAGUGUGCUCAUAUCCAUAGGUGCAGGCUGAAGGUACUUUAAGAACUGGUUUAGGAAGAUAGAUCCCCCAAAUACUGUUUUUCUCCCAAAGCUGGAUGAAAAGUGGAGAUUGAAAAUUUCCCCAAAGCUUGUAUCUCUCACCCUAGAAGGAGUUGUGUAUUUCACCUGCAGUUUCCAUUUCGGUUGUUUGAACUAUAAUUUCCUAACUAUCAGCUAUCUCAUGUUAUCAGCUGUAGGUUCAAACUACAAAUGGGAACACAUAGAUAGUGUUCAUCACUUGCUACAAGAAAAUUCAAUCCCCAAACCAGGUUUCUUCAAUGCAAUACUUUGUUCCUAAUAAAGAAAAAUAAGAUAUUGGACAAGAUUUUCAGAUUGCAAAAAGUUACAGGGAUGCAGGGAUUAAUUUGAUCAUGUUCCUCCUGUUUGAAAACAAACUGAAUUGAUACAUUUCCUCCCUCAGAAUGCUCUAGCAGAAAUAACUCUGUAGAAAUAGAUUUUUAUUGGUACUUUUAAAACUGGAACUCACUUACAGCUCAUUUCAAAACCCUGUUGUUGAAUUGAUUGAAAUUAAUUUAUCCCUCUGGUUUCAUGGGACAAAGGGUGUACCCUGCUCCCACUGAAGCCAGUAGCAAAAACCCCUUUGAUUGCUACUUUAGGCUGCAAUGCAAUACAUGUCUACUCAGAAGUAAGCUCCAUUGGGUUCAAUGGGACUUAUUCCCAGGUAAGUGUGUAUUGGAUUGCAGCCUAAAUCAACUCAAACUGAAUUACUAGCCCAGGAUCCAAGGAACUACAUGGUUGCUUCUGCAUUGACAACUAUUGGAGUUUCCCCUCCCCAAAGCAAUCUAUCAUGCCUCUGGAAAGGCUGCUCAUGAGGGUUCAAGCACCCCCCCCAGCAGGAUCCGACCCAGUUUGAGAAGCUGCAGCAGGUGGGGGAAAGCGGCAAACUCUGAUCAUGCAUGGAAGUGUUGCAUUUAUUUUAUUACUAUAUUUAAAAAUUAGUCUCUUGGGAUUCCUGCACUGGUGUUUAACCGGAUUCUGGGUGCCCGUCAAACAACCACAAUUUCUGGGACUGGUGCCUGAUUCACAAUAACUGCUUGAAUUAGGAUUAGGAAUGAAUUAGGAUUUCCUUCCUCAGAGUAAUUGAAUUUACAUUUAACCAAAGAUUGCAAUUAUCUACUUGACCAAAUUUGGGGCACGAUCCAGCCACAGUGAAGCACACUUAGUUCCCAUUGAUUUGUCGUGUUUAAAUCUUUCCCACUGAAGCCAGUGGAACUUUUUUUCAUAAUUUGGGCUGGACAGUGGCCUUGGUUCCUGAGCUAUGGUAGUAUGCAAGUUACAAAGUAUACCAGCAAAACAGUGGAGAAGUGUACAUUGACCAGGAAUUACUUAAAAGCAACCAUAUUAGAAGAGCAUGGAACAAAACCUUGAUUACUCCCUGCAUUGGCGUGCAUGAGUCUAUGCCAUAAACUACCUGCCAUUUGAAUAGACCAUGAGAUAAACUGUGUGCAGGGAAAACUCUACACAUUGUCUUAAAGCUUUAAAAGCUGAACCACUUUCCCUGGUAGCUGAAUGUAUUUUCCAUAGCAGUGAUCCCAGCCCCUUUGAGCUUCUGCAACCAUAGUUGUGAUAAGGUUUCUCCUCUGCCUCAUUUAUGUUCUGGAAGCCCUUGUUCCUAGCAGCUUCUUCACAUAAUGCUUCUGUUGCCUGUGUUGUUAUGCUUCACACUGUGGGGAAUGGGGAAGCAGCAACCCCAAAUACCACAUACACGAGUAGGAAGAUAAGCACAUUGAGCUGCCAAGCGUUAUGCAGUGUCAGACCUUUCGUCCAUCUAGCCAUGUGCUGUCUACUUUCAGGGCCGGCCCAAGACAUUCUGCUCUCUGAGGCAGAACAAUAAAUGACAACCACCCACUUCAAUUCAAGGAGCAUAGUCGUAAGGCUGGCCAAAUUAUUCUGGCAUCUGAGGAAGAAAAAUCUGAGAAGUGCCUCUGCCUGGGAGUGAAAAAUACAAUAACAAUAAAUAACUACUAAUUUGCUGCCCUUUUCUGACACGCAAAAUCAGCUGUCUGGCACUGCCAAAUGGUAGGGCCAGCCCAGUGACUACUCUGAUUGAGAGCAGCUCUCCAAGGACUUGGGGAGAGGUCUUUCCCAGCCCUGGCUUACUUGAGAUUCAAGGAAUUGAAACUGGGGCCAUCAGUACAGAAAGCAAUAUCCCUUUCCCCAUCACUUCCAUUUCUUCAGAUAAAACUGAAGCUUGUUUUUUUUAGAGGAACAGGGCACCUGCAAAAGACUCUUGGGGUACUUCAGCUACUGCUGAAUUUUGUCUAUUUGUCCUCGUUUGAGAGCACUCCCCCUGUUUGGGUUUCCAAAAAAUCUUCAGAGCCAAGACCUAUGAUGGAGAGGCAGCACCAAUGAGCAGAGGAAACCAGAAGGGGAGGUAACCUCAAGAGAUGCUAGGAAACCAAAUGCUCUUGGUCAACACAUUUCAGAUUACACCAUUCUCACCAUUCUUCAGGAGCAACUCAGUCUAGGAGAUAUCAAGGAGCAACAAUAUCUCGGGAUUUAAUUAAAUCCAUUGAGUUGUCCCUUAUAUGGUGUUUGACCUAAAGUAUAGCAUUUCUUUCCUAGCAGCUGUUGCUUUCAUCUCCUGUCAUGUUUCCAGAGACAAAGAGAGCAAACCUCUUUACUAAAUCUAUGAAGAGUGAGUUAUUCUGGGAGGCCAGAAUCAGGGGUAUGGAAAAAACCCACUGUGAUAGAAGUCUAUGGAAUCUUGCUGCUUCCACAGUGAGAUUGAGUCUUAAUGUGGUAUUUGAGAGACCAGCACGUGCUGUGUUUGGCCUUUCCUAGGUGCAAUAGCACCUGUGCAAACUUGAGGAUUGGUUGCUCAUUAGAUGUUCUGCUCACCCAUCCAGCACAGUCUGCACUGUGUUCCAUGCUGUUAAUGCCACAACAGCACUCCAAAAGAUGAGCAUUUGAGACCCAGUGCGUUGCCUACAAUCUGCACAGUUGCAAGCACAUACCAGCAUUGGGUUCCUUUAUGCUACUGCCGUUCUUGUUGUAUACACAAUUCCUGGGGUUGUAUUCCAUUAAAAAGUUGCACUAGCACAAGGAUAAGCACUAGCACAAAGGCAUUUCCCUCUCCCUGUGAGGGCCCUGCACAAUCUCCAGAUCUGCUCUGGAAGGGUGGGGGGAAACCCAGAACAGAUUUAGUGGCGGAGAGGGGGAGAUAGUUCUCUUGUGGAAGGAGAAAUCUUGGUGCUGAUGGAGCAAUCUGCUUAGCGCUAUGUUGAAUACAAUCCCUGUUAUUCUCAACAGGAACCACCAGUAUAGAUACACCCAUUUGAAAACUAAGGCAGAAUCACAGAACUGCUGUGCUGGUGGGAGCCAUUUUGCUGCUGCUAUUAACAGUUUAUUAGAAAUGUUCAAGUACAUAAAAAAUAUCCAGUUCUCAACAUUACCCUCCCCCUCAAUAAACCCAUCCUCCCUCCACCCCCUUACCCCAACAUACAAGUCCCCCUCCCCAUCAGAGCAAUAUAGAUAGUUGAUGUAUAUAAAUGGUGGCAGCCAUUUUUUGUAUUUUCACACUUGUUCCUUGAUUGGGAAAAGGGGGUCUGCUGGCUUGGUAGAUCUAAGCUGGCACUGCCACUCCGGCAUAUCGUUGAGCGGGCUUAUGGUGGCACCAGGGACUGGCAGUUUUUGUACAAAGUUGAUGUCAGUGUUUGCCACAGGAAAAACUAGCUGCCACGACCCAGGGUCACACAAAGUUGGCUGCAGUGAUGGCACUGAAGUGAGGAAAAGAUGAGUCUGCAGUCAGCCAAGGGAGACUCUGCUCCUCUCGGUUUUCCUCUGCCACUGACAAUUGCAGCGGCAUUUCUAAAGACAUAUUUUGAGCUAACCUUGUAAUAACUCCUCUGAUAUGUGUUGUGACUCCUCAUCUGCCUUCUAUAGUGAAAUCUCUGCUUCAAUGCUAUGUGUGUGCGCAUUUGUGUGUCUCUGUUACAAUACAGUGUUUUUACUUUGUCUUAAAGAACCUUACUUGUUUGUUGCCAUAUUCAUAUGCCUAAAGUACACUCUUACUUAAAAAAAAUAAAAAAUAAAGCAAUAUUUACUCUUAACUCUGCAUCUUCUCAGUCAAAGCCUCCAUAGCAGUAAGCUAUUUCUUCUUAUAAAUGUUUAUAAACAGGAUGCAGUUUUUUAAUAUUAUUCACUGGACCAAGCAGAGUCCUUUCUCCAAACGUUAUUAAUAUGAUGACAAUAAUGACAGUGACACCGUUGACUUCUUCCUCAUCCAUUUUUUCUCUCGACCAAUCUGUCACAUUUUAUAAACAGUUUUUAAAAAGAAAAAAAGGAAAUUAAUGAACUAUUUUGUGUGAGAUCUUGACACAGUACCUGAUUCAUAAAAAAAGGGAGGGGGGAAUAAUCCAGCAUCUCCGUUCAGUACUUGUAUUUGUGCUAUAUUUGUGCUAUUCAGAUUGUUGUAGUCUCGGUAACUUUACCUAUGUAAGGACUCAGGGUACAGCCAUUUGUUCUUCUCCAAUACCUGAGUCAUCAUUUUUCAGCAUUUUCUCUCACUUCCUCUGACCUGCUAUGCUCAUGUAGUUCCUUUCUUAAAAAAGAAAAAAGUUGAGAUCCAGCCAAUCAAAUGUUCAGGAAGGGAUAAGGAACUGAAUUCAGUCUGCCAUGCUCCAGUUGUCCAGCCAAUCAAGUCACACAUGGCUCCACAGGUGUACAGUUGGAUCAGAGCUUUCAGGGUUUUUUUUUUCAUUAUUAAAGAUGGUAUGUAAAGUCACUAUGGAAAGUAUAAAAAUACUUUUUCACCUGGAAAGUUUAUACACAUGGCUCAUCUACAUGGUUGUUUAGUGUGUGUUUUGUGCUACUCAAAUUUCCUUUUAAUUUGCAUGGUUCACAUGACGUUACUGGCAAACAGCAGCUAUCAUGCAGUUUUCCCCCUGUAAAUCCAUCCUAACCCAAUCCUCUGAUAAUCCAAAAAGGGAAGGAAAAAAUGUCUUCACUCUGUAUCUCUAGUGCUUGCAAACGCUUUGCUCCAAUGCUUUUAGGUGGGUGUGUCAGUAGUUUCCCUCUCCACGCCCACUCCCUCCUCCUCCCUUCAUUCAUUUUAUUUCCUGUAGGCUGCAAAGCAACUUCCGGCUGCUCUCCCUCCUUCUGCUAGACUUUUUUAUGUUGCUGCAAACGGUGCCUUAUUUUUCUUUUUCCCCUAACCUAUGUGCAAAAGUAUACAGUGCUCAAACAAAGAUUUGUAUUUCAGCUGUAUUGUACCAGUGAAAAUACAAAUGAUUACAUUUCUGGGUUGUUGUUUUUUAAAUGAAACUUAUGGUAGAAUAGACUGAGCAUGCUUGGUUGCCAAGCAACCAGAGGGAGUGGAAAUGUUAAAUUAGAGGGUGUGGUCUUUAGAAAACUGUGUGAUUUAUCUUUCUCCUCAGUGUGAGUAGAAAACAUCGUGUUUGCAGCUGGCAAUGAGCCCUUACUAUGGAUUGGGCAAAUAGAAAACGGAGGUAAAAACAGCAUCUUUGGUAUGAAGUAAUUCUCCCAUGUGGGUAAGCCCACAGACACACACCAGACCCCAGGCCUUUUUACAGCUCUGUCUUAGGGCUAAUCAGUAGAUAUUGGGCCACAGAGUGAAAUUUACCAACAAGUACGUGAAUUAACAAAGACCAAUGAGAAAUGGGAUGGAGCAUGUGGCAAUUCUGUUCCUUCGUAAGACGCUUUAGGGUGAAUUUAGAACAUUCAAAGCUGCCUCCUAUGAGGUCAGACUAGUUGUCCCUCUAGCCUAAUAUUUUCUACUAUGACAAGUAGCAGCUGUCCUCAGUCUCAGAGGUCAUACCUCAGAGGGAUUGAACUUGAUCUUUGACAUGCAAAGUAUGGUCUUUCCCCUUAAAAUUCUAUUACAUCUCCCCCCCCAAAAGAAAGAGACACCUUCCUUUAAAAAGGUAGCAUUCAGCCUUCAAAAGUAAAUGCUUCUCAAUCACCCUGCUUCAUUAAAAAUGUUUACAAAUAUUUGUUAACUUUAAUGACGUGACUGAUUCUACCAAAAUUUUUCAUCCAAAGAGGGCUGUACUACAUUGCAAAAGUGUCAGUGGGACUUCAUUGCAAAAGUGUCAAUAAUUACUCUUGUGUGAACAGACAGAUUUUGUUCAAUCUCCAGUGGCAUAGAUGUCUUUGGAGCGACUUCGCAGAAGGACAUGGGGUUGUGAAAACUCCCAUUUUAAUGGUACUUUAAUUAUUUAACCAAAAUAAGGUAUGGUUCCCCACCUCCAUCUAUUUAUCAUAAAGCGUUAUCUCACAAGGAAAGGUUCUGUGUAUGAUUUGACUUAUGAUUGUCAUUUCAUUUCAUUCUUUUUACCUGAACAUAAUUUCAAUAACCCUUUAAUCUAGACCAGGGGUUCCCCAACUAUGAUCUGUGGAGCACCAGUGGUCCAUGAGCUUCAUUCAGGUGGCCCAUGGCGUGUCUGUGUUAAAUAUUCAUAUUAAUUUUAAAUUGUGUUUUUCUCCUCCUUCUAUUUCUUAUAUUGCAUCUUAUUGUAUUCCAGUUUCAAUUCUUUGGAAUACAAAAUGUAAUACAAUAAAAUACAAUAUAUAUGAAAUAAGAGAAGCAAUAAAAAUACAAUUAAAAAUUAUACAGCAUCUAGCACAACAUAUUACAAUUUCUUGGAAGGGCCGUAGCUCAUUGACAGAGCACCUGCCUUGCAUGCAGAAGGUCCCAGUUUCAAUCCCCAGCAUCUCUGGGUAGGACUGGGAGAGAAUCCUGUCUGAAAUCCUGGAAAGCUGCUGCCAGUCAGUGUAGACAAUACUGAGCUGGAUGGACCAAUGGUCUGACUCAGUAUAAAGCAGUUUUCUAUGUUCCUAUGGGCUAUAACAAGCAGAAAAAUCAUUUAAGUGGUCCACCAAGACCCUCAACAAUUUUCAAGUGGUGCAUCUUCCUGUGUAUGCACAGAAUGUGAACAGUGAAGCCUAUAUGUACAGAGGGUUCCAAAACCAUGUAUAAUGCUUUGGAUUGGGGCACAUGUUUGUAACAAUGACUUGCUUUUUUCUUUUUCUUGUUACUGCAAUGAUGCUUUUUCACAGUGACAAGAUUCUAAAAGCACUGUGAAAUAUAAUUUUAAAAAGCUCCAUGGUUCUCUAAUGCACACAUGGGGCAUAAACCGCCCAAACUUAAGUGCAACACUGUCCUAAGUAUCAGUCCUCGUUAGUUCAAUGGGAGUGGUUACCCAACAGAGUGUGCUUCAAACUGCAGCCAUAAUCCCCAUUUAUUUCAGUGGGUGAAAUUUGAGGACAUGUUCAUUCUUGCAUUAAAGUCAGUGGAAGCUAAAAGGAUUUUUAACUUUAGAUCAGCGAUUCCCAACAUGGGCGGUAGCGCCCCCCCCGGGAGGCAUUACAGCCUUUCAGGGGGGCAUUGACGUGACUACAAACUUUAGGGGGGCGUUUGGAUUCAUUAGGGGGGCGUUGACAUUUGGCGGUCUGAUGCGACAGUUGAAGCAUUUAAGUUUAAUUUUAUUUAAUACACAAAUCAUUAUUUUUUAAACUGUUUUGUCCCCAGUUAGAAUGUAUUUAAUAGAUGGGGUUACACUCCCCUUGAAGGAACAGGUUCAUAGUCUUGGGGUUCUUUUCGAUCCUUCCUUGUCUCUUGAGGCGCAAGUGGCCUCGGUGGCAAGGAAUGCGUUCUACCACCUUCGGUUGGUAGCCCAGCUAUGCCCCUAUCUGGACAGGGAUGACCUCGCCUCAGUUGUUCAUGCUCUGGUAACUUCUAGGUUGGAUUACUGUAAUGCACUCUAUGUAGGGCUGCCCUUGAAGACAGUUCGGAAGCUUCAGCUAGUGCAAAACGCAGCAGCCAGACUGCUGACGAGGACCAGCCGGUCAGCGCAUAUAACACCUGUUCUGGCCCGUUUGCACUGGCUACCCAUUUGUUUCCGAGUCAGAUUCAAGGUGCUGGUUUUGACCUAUAAAGCCUUACACGGCGUGGGACCGCAGUAUCUUGUGGAACGCCUCUCCCGCUAUGAACCGACCCGGUCACUUCGCUCAGCAUCUAAGGCCCUCCUCCGGGUACCAACCCAUCAGGAAGCCUGGAGGACAGUUACUCGAUCUAGGGCCUUUUCUGUAGUGGCCCCCGAACUGUGGAACAGCCUCCCCGAAGAAGUACGCCUGGUGCCGACGCUUCUAUCUUUUCGGCGCCAGGUUAAGACCUGGCUAUGCUCCCAGGCAUUUUAAGCAUUUAAUGUUAUAACUUUAAAUCUUUUUUUUGUUUGCUGUUUAUGUUUACUGUUGAUAGGUUGAUUUUAUUGUGAUAUUCUGUAUUUUGAUCUUUUUGUACACCGCCCAGAGAGCCACUCGCUAUGGGCGCUUUAAAAAUGAAACAAAUAAAUAAAUAAAUAGUCUCAAUUCAUGGAAAUAACUCUAUAAAUAGUGUGUGCUCUUUAGUAAAGAAAUUCUGAAUAGUGGCCAGUGUCAUAUCAAGGAAUGGGGAUAUUAGCCACGCCCCGGCACUAGGUAAUGUUCCGAUUCUGUCUUGAGGAUUGUUGGAACCAAUCAUGAGAGAGUGUUUGAUAAGCUGGGUGUAUUGGUGGAGGGUGCAUUCUUCCAACGGAUGAGUGCCAUGUGCAAACGGGUGACGCAGACAGUCAGUUAUUUGCAGGUUUUCUUCAGGAAUGGGACACACUCACUACCCUUUGUUUCUGUGAUGUUUAAAUGAACUUGUUUAACAAAACAAUGCCAAUAAACUGAAUGAGUUUGUUGUUAAGUAACACAGUGUAUUCUAUUGGUUCAUACUGUGUGGACUUAAUUAGUUUUUGCUUAUGUUUUUAGGAUUUGUGAAAUAAGAAACAACUCCUAUAUCUGCAAUUUGUUUCUUGCAUGUAUUUUAUGGAUUUAUAUACUCCAGAUAUUGUGAAGUUAGCCAAAACUCAUCAAGCUCAAGGAUCACACUAGUAUUUUAUAAUAAAUCUCAUUUUAUUUACUUUUCUAUGUAUGUAUAUUAAUAAAUCAUACUAAGAAUUCAAUGUGUAAUCUAAGUGCAAUAAAAAGGCAUGAUAAAAACGAUCAAUAAUAAUCAUUGAAAAUACCUUUUAUGCAUUACUCAUAUUUUAAGGGAAGAAUAGGAAGCAUUGGCAUAUACUUAAUCUGAGGGGGGCAUUGGGCACAAAAAGAUUUUGCAAAGGGGCGUUGGGUCCAAAAAGGUUGGGUAACGCUGCUUUAGAUAGAUUGUGUCCAUAGAGUUCAGCAUGAUUUUAACAGGAAAGAAAAUACCAUGUGUGUAUCCCUCUUGCAGUGAAUGUGGCAACCACUCUUCAUGCAGAGCUCCAUGUAUGCAGUGGAUCCACCAACUCUGCAUGGGAGCUUCUGGGUCAUGUGGAUUUUUGUUGUGCUUUGCAUACCAAAUCUGAAAUGUCAAUUUCUGGUGAAAUGGGGAACCCUCUUUUAAAACAUAUCUAGUAAGUAUUUUAACAACACAACUAAUCCUUAAGUUCCUGCUCCAUUAAAUUUUAUACAUGUUCAUAUACUAUAUAUAAUUAUAAAUAGAUAUAUUAUAUACAUAUACAUAUAUUUUAUGAAUCAGGUCUGUGAGUUUUACUAUUCUGAGCAAUUUGAUGCAUUUUCAUAGGGCCAUUAUCCCUUAUUUAGUUUGCAAUGUAAAUAAUGUUGUACAUCUGCUAUUUUAGUAUGCCAAUAUGCCAUGUGCAUUGUUUCUUUUGAAAUUGUUCUAGAUAAAUCACAUAGCAAUGGCAAUUACACCAUUCAGCAUCUUUUCCAUGUACAAAUGUAUAUGUACAUCAAGUGUUUUAAUGGCUAAUAUCAUAAUCUACAGUGACAGAAAUAUUUGGUUUCCAUUUUUCCCCCAACUAAAUAUGCCUCUCAAGUAUGUACAGUUUCAAAUAAUAUUUUCUCUGCGGUGAUUUCCAUUUGGGUCAUCCCCCCCACGGAUUCCCUGUCAGACAUUAGUAAAACAUGAAGUAUAAUGUCAAUAGCAAUUUCAGAUUGGAAUUAUCUAUAUCAGUCUGUAUGCAUUUAAAGUGCUGUGGGACAACACAGCAAGCACUGCUGGUGUGCAUUUUCCCUUUGUUUACUGGGGCUUAUGAGGCUAAUAGCAAUAGAUAAUUGGUCUAUCCAGCAAGAGUGACCCCUGUGCAAAAUCAGCCUUUUCCCCACAUACUCUCCUCCCAACUGGGCACUGCACAUGCAAAAGGUGCUUCAUGAGGCUUUUUAAAAAAAAAUAUCCCGCAUUUAACUCCCGUCCAUGGUGCCCCUGACUGAAUCUUUGAACUCAUAUCCACCAAAUAGACACCCUGCCCUGCCACCUGUAAGUGCAUAAGCACAUGUCAGAUGUGACACACUAAAUGCCAUUGAAAAUGGCAUCUCCGCAUCAAGUGGGUCCAUUUACCUUCUAUCAUGAUGUCAUCAUGUUACAUGUAGUUCUUAAAAAAUUGGGCUGGAGAAAUGCACAAUUCAGUGAUGCCACAUGAGGCUCCAGUUCAAUUUGUCCCACUUUCCAACAUGGCUGCUUAAAAGAAAAGAGGAAAUAGCAUCAGAGGUUGCUCCAACCUUCCCUUCCAGUUGUGCCCUAAAAGUGACAGUGAACCAGCUGAGAUUUGGGAGGUUAGAUUCCCCACAUAAUCACAAACCUCAGUACUGACUAUUGGUAUGGUAGGGAGAUGCUCAUAUUAAGGAUCUCUGGAGGAUGCACAACAGCAGUGCUUGAUGGAUUGUGCCCUUAAUCAAAACAUCUAAUGUAUCUUCCUUGCUUUUCACACAGCAAAAGCCUUUUAAUCACUUUUGUAUUUUUGUGUGUAUGUCAUACGCAGUGUAAAUAGCAUGUUUCAUUAUGCAAAAAUUUAUAGAUCACCAACUUCAGAACAAGAUGAAUUUGUAUAUGAAGAAUAUCAAAACAUUGACAAUAAAUCUGGAUGAUUAAAACAAAACAUAAAGUGGUUAUGACUGUUGUGUGUUCUAUUUAUACUGUCCAUAUCCCAGUUUUAAAGGGGAAAAUAUGUUUUCUUUACCCUUGAAUG